AUGAACACCAACCUCUUCCCCACGGAUCUUGAUCUCGAUCUUGACAUGACCAAGACAGCUAACACGCCAUUACCCCAGAUGAACAUGCCCUUCAAUGGCGGCUACGGCGCCACUGGCUGGGACAACGGGCUCUCUUACUCGCCCGACGUCUUCAUUGAGGACCCCUCCUUCGACUACUUCUCCAUGUUCUCCAACAACGGAGCUUCCUCCAAUGACUUCAUGAGCUGGCCUGCGAGCCAGCCCUAUGCGGCUGCUGCCCCCACCGCCACCUCUCCUGCGGACUUCCUCAACUUCCAGGACAUGGACUACCUCAGCGAGAGCGCCGGCUCUCCCGGUGAGAUGACCGACAGCUCUAGCUCGCGCGGCACUUCCCGCAAGCACAGCCGCGCCGACGACAGCGACUCGUCUGCCGCCGAGGAGCCCGUGUCUCCCCGCACCACCACUCGCCCGGCCACCAAGAAGUCGCGCCCCUCCCCGCGCUUCGGCAAGCCCUCCACCAAGAUCUCCAAGUCCUCCUCCAGCAGCAAGGCCUCCUCAUCAGCCGCCUCCGAGACCAGCAGCAAGCCCAGCGUCGCUCUGCGCACCGCUCCCCGCAAGGUCAAGUCGGAGAGCAGCAAGAGCUCGCCCGCCACCCCUGAGGACGACCUCACUGCUGAGGAGCACCGCGCUCGCCAGAGCCACAACCUGGUCGAGAAGAAGUACCGCAACCGUCUCAAUGCCCAGUUCGAGCAGCUGCUCGCCGUCCUGCCUGCCGAUCAGCAGCGCGAGGCCACCACCUCGUCCAAGCGCGGCUCCCAAGACGCCGACGAGAAGCGCAUGAGCAAGGGCGACGUCCUCGACCUCGCCCGCCGGAGGAUCAGGGCUCUCGAGCAGGAGAAGGCCCGCCUUCAGGCCGAGCGCGCUGCUCUCCUGGAGACGGCCAGCUCUAUGAGGGGCAUGACUUCUCCCAUCAUGGCUUGA